AAGGAUUACGAAAUUAUGAAGAAGAAACUCGACACAGCUCAAGAAAAUAUUGCUACGUUGAAAUCAGAGUAUAAUGAUUUAACUCUACACUUUAAGAAGUCUACCUCAUCAGGAAUUAAUUUUAAAGAAAAGGUUUUCAACUACUUAGCUCGCCAAGAGACAUUGAGAUUGAAAUUCAUUGAAACAAUCAACGAGUGCAAACAUAUAAGUUUGCGUUUGGAUGAUAUGCUACAGGACUGUUCUAAUGAAGCAUUGAACGAGAGUUCUAAUCAAAAUACAUCGAAAUGUUGUCUUUCGAAUACAGCUGAUGGAUUCGAUGCCGAAACUCGAUUGGGACUAUGGCGAUCCUGUUACUUUGGAUAGUCACAAUCUUAAGCCUAAUCCGUUUUCAAACGAGCAUGCUAAAGAGCUGUGUACAUCUGCAGCUGCUGCUUCUGCUUCCAAAUUGCUGGAAGUUUCAUCUUCAGAUCAUGAAUAGCGAUGUAGCUGUGAAAAAAUGCAACUCAACGACAGUUUUAAAAAUCAAGAAACUGAAAAAUUUGCCCUCUUCGAAACGAAGUGAAGUUCUUACUCCCAACGAAUCAUUGGUGUGCAAAAUUUGUCAUCAGACUAUCAGUACCAAAGGGAAUAUGAAAAGACAUAUUAUGUUUUUUCACGAAGGAUUAAAACCAUUCGAAUGUGUCGAUUGCAGUAAAUCGUUCGCAAGAAAGCAAGAUUUGCAGUCACAUGUAUUUUCAAUGCAUAUGCCCUAUCAAAGCAGACCAUAUAUAUGCGAUAUAUGCAGCAAAUUUUAUUCAACUCUGAGCAAUUUGAAGUAUCAUAGAUGCUCACCACAGAAAGUUUCGGAUCUCAGCCAAUCGUUGGUCUGCAAAAUUUGUCAUAAGAAUAUCUGUAACAAAGACCAGAUGAGAAGACACAUGUUUAUGCACAGAGGUUUAAAACCUUUCGAAUGUGCCGAUUGCGGUAAAUCGUUCACAAGGAAGGCAAAUGUGAAGUCACAUAUAUUGUCAAUGCAUAUGCCCUAUCAAAGCAGACGAUAUAAAUGCGAAAUAUGCAGCAAAUUUUAUUCAACUCGGAGCAAUUUGAAGUAUCACAGAUGCUCAACAACAACACUAAGGAAUCAUUCCACACGUGUUUCAGAUCGUCGCCAAUCUCCGGUCUGCAAAAUUUGCCUUAAACGUUUAUGUCGCCGAAGUGAUCUCAAAAGACAUAGGUUAAUGCAUGUAGGUCUGAAACCAUUUAAAUGUGCGGAAUGUAGUAAAUCAUUCAGAACAAAAUAUGAAAUGGACCGACACACUCGUCAAUGUCACGUACCCUAUCGUACCCGACCGUAUAAUUGCGACGUUUGUGGCAAACGUUAUGCAGCUCAGUUUCAUCUAAAUGCUCACAAACGCCUUGCUGGACAUUAUUGCUCUUCAAAAUUAUCCAAAUUUACGUCUGCAAAUGUAGAUGAUGGAGUAAUUGUUAAGGAAUGUGUCUCGACUAAUGUUUUAGGUGCCAAGAAAGUUAGAAAAUUGGUGUCGUUGAAACGAAAGAAAAACUCGAAUCUGAGCCAGUUUCUCAGCAAGCAGGCUCAUCUGGAAAGACAUCUGAUUUCGCACGAAGCUACGAAACCAUUUAAAUGCGCCGAAUGCGAUAAAUCCUUUGCAAAAAAAUUUACUCUGAGGACACAUAUAAUUCUGGUGCACAUCAAUGAUGAGAGGUCUCUUGACUCUCAUUAUUACUGCGCGCAUUGCAAGUAUCGAUGCCAAUCCAAAGAAAGCUUAGUUUAUCAUAUCAAGAGGAACCAUGUAUCAAAUUUAAGUCUUGAUGAAUUUAGCUGCUCCAUAUGCGGUAAAACAUUUUCUGAUAGUUUUCAUAGAAGACGUCACGAGCAAACAGUUCAUGUCGAAGAAAUCUGUUUCUGUUGUAUGAAUUGCGGUAAUCUAUACAAGCGCGACAGUAGUCUUAUAAGGCACUUGGAACUUGAACGGUGUAAGGCUCAAGUAGUGCACAUUAGUAUGAAUAAUCUUUUCUCCUCAGUGACUGUAAGAUUGCCCUCAAAUUUUGUUUUGAAUUUUUGAUCCGGCUAAUAGGCAAUUUUAGAGCCAUUUUACAGUGUUUCUUAAUGUCGUUUGUUUUUCAAUUGAUUGUAGUACCUACCUACGUCCUAAGUGUGUUCACUUUUAGCUACGGUAUAUUUUAAUAUCAUUAUUUUAUUCACGUUAGAUAUUGCACUGUUGUUGUUAGUAAUUAAAUUUGUUUUUUAUGUUAC